AUGAAGGCUUAUGUGGACUUUGAAAUAACUGAAGGCGCCUACGAGAUCUCGUGUCCGGAUGCCCAAUGUCCGGCGCAAGGCAUUAUGACACUACCCGAAAUCGCGAAUCUUACGACGACUAAUUUGAUGAAGAAGCACCAUCGAUAUCGACUCAAUAAAGAAAUCGAAAUGGAUAAGACGCGCACCUGGUGCCCGCGUGCCGGCUGCGAAACCGUUUGCCUUGUCGGCACCGGUCCACAUUCCGAUGCCACACCAUCCACCUCAACUGGUAGUGGUGGUGGCGGCGGCAUCCCCACAGCAGCUUUCACUGACAGCCAUGGCACACAACAGAAUCUUUGCGCCGUUCAGUGCCCAUCGUGUAAGGAUGAAUUUUGCUCGGCCUGCAAGAAAGCGUGGCAUCCCAAUAUGACUUGUGAGGAGAAUAGUCGUCGGUUGGUGGCGGACGGUCAGGAUGACAUUGGUAUACCCUUCGACAACGACCUCAUCAAGUGUUGUCCCAUGUGUGCUGUGCCCAUUGAAAAGGAUGAGGGCUGUGCGCAGAUGAUGUGUAAACGUUGCAAGCACGUCUUCUGCUGGUAUUGUCUGGCUAGUUUGGAUGACGACUUUCUCUUGCGUCACUACGACCGUGGGCCAUGCAAGAACAAACUUGGACAUUCCCGUGCGUCUGUGGUGUGGCAUAGAGCGCAAGUUAUUGGCAUUUUUGCCGGUUUCGGUAUAUUGUUGUUGGUAGCGUCACCGCUACUCCUUUUGGCAGCACCCUGUAUUAUAUGUUGUAAAUGUCGUAGUUGCAGUGGUGCUAGAAUUGAUGAAGGCGAUGCCGAGCUGGACGAGGCGACAGCGUUACAAAGUCUUUAGAAGGAGCCAAAGAACCGUAAAUAGGAAUUUGGACAAAAAAUUGAACCACUUUUAAAGGAAAACGAACAAAUAAAAUACAGUCAAAUUUGAAAAACAUAAAGUAAAAAAAUUACUUUUACCAAUUUAUUUGACUAUGAAAAUAUAAUCUGGAAAAUAUUAAUACCAUAUGUACGAGUAUAUAUAAAUGUAUUUAUUAAUAACCAAUGAAAUGCAAAAAAAUACGCAAAGAAACAAUAACCGGCUUUAAAAUGUUAUUUGUUUAGAAAUCAUAAUGAAUUGCAAAUUGCAAACCGAAAUCCAGGCCAAACCACGCAAGAAAAAUAAGAAUAUUAAAAUGCUAUGUUACACAAAAUGCUGCAGUGGAAAACAAUGUUAUGAAAGAAAUGUCAAAAGAAAAACAAAAUGAUCUAUACAAAUUGCUGUCAUGUAUGUAUGUGCGAAGUUAGAUGCAUAGCUAACGGGUAUAUAGUAUGUAUAAAUAUAUACACUUGUACAUGAGUGUAAAUUUGUAUGCAUGUAUGUAUAUAUGUAUGUAAUUCAAAUACCUGAUUAAAAGAAAAAAAUGUAAUAUGAGUGCACUUGGUACUAUGAUAAAUGUGUACUUUAUAUAAGUAUGUGUUAUAUAAUAUAUGUACAUUAGAGUGCAUCACUCUUGGUACAAAAAAACAUCGAUACUGCUUGCUUUUCCAAUGGAAUUAUGAAAUUAAUUACAUUUCAAGACUUCAGCCAAAACAUGUCGGAAAAAUACUGAGCCUUACAUGGGCUCGAGCAAUUUGAAAGUGUAGUCGUGUAUGUAUAUAGUGAAAUAAUUAUUGCAAGGCCUGUUCACAGUAUCCAAGUUGUUCAAUAUAUUAAGGUUAACAUUUUUGGUUAAAAAACUUGUCUUAUUUGUUCAAAACACAAAUGUGUGUAUGUACAAUGCACGAUAUCUGUAUAAUAGAUACACCCCUUUUCUAAGAGUUUUACUCUUAGUUGCUAAAAUUGUGUGGUGUGAGAUAAUCGGAUGGUUGCCAAAAAAUUUUAAUGGAAUUCACUUGGAAGUAAAUUGCAGAACAUGUCAAAUAUUACGUCUUUCUUUUUUCAUUUCCGUAAUUGUUGAUUUAGCUACUCUAAAUAUUUUUUUUAAAGAUGAAAUACAAACGCCUUUUUCGAUUUUUUUAAUAAUUUCAGAUUUUGUUCUUUAACGAAAUGAAUUUCUUUGAAGAUGUAAUGGCACAAUCAAUUUAUUAGCAUUAAAAAGCUUUUAUAAACGUUUCCACCCCUAAACGACACUAGACAAAAAAGAAAAAAUCGAACGCUAAGUCAAAUAACAUCAGCUUUUCUAGUAAUCAACAUCCUAAUUAAAAUUUAAGGGAAUCCCCUGAGUUACUUUCAAAAUUAUGUUCACUAUUUAGAAAUUUUCUAUUGUUCACUAUUUAGAGUACUCCUUGUAAAAAUUUCAGUCUUCACUAUAUCCAAAACCGAUUACAUUUCCAAAAAUCUCAUUAUUUUUGUUCCACCGAUAAUAUUUUUAAACAUUUUUAUGCAGACUUGUUAAGCAUAAACUCUUCUAUCAUCUGAGGUGAUUUUUUGGAAAACUAUUUUCUAUAAACUAAUUGUAUUUAUAAAAAAAUAUCGAUUCGUCGGUUCGCAAAUCGUAAAAAAUAUUUUGAUGGAAGUUUGAAUAGAUUUUAUAAUUGCGAAACUUAUUUUCAUGAUGCACCCUGAUGUAUAUACACGUAUGUGUGCAUUUAUAUGUAUAUACAUGUAUAUUGUAUAAGUGCAUAUCGCUCGUUUGUUGGAAGAAAGUGAAGCGCUCAAAAGCUCAAAAAUUCGAAAAAACGACUUCAAAGUUUUCAAUUUCCUAUGCCUCCCUAAGUACAUAUUUAAGAGGACAUAUUUUCAUCUAAUCAGAUACCGCUAAACGGUAGAUAUGGACGUACAUCUUCUUGCACAUCAUAAAAGCUGGCGGGUAUUUCUGCAUUUCUUUUUUUCUUCUUAGAAGUAUAUUAUAAAAGAACUUUUGUCUUCCAACAAACAAGCGAUUUAUGUAAGUCUCAGUUUUGUCUCGUUAAAGUCAAAUUUUUUCGUUUGCGCGCAUGUUUGAGACUUUUGGAUAUCCGUUGUUCGAAGCCUAUUUUUUAUCAUCAUCGAAAGCAUUGUUUUUGAGCUUGUUAAACUAUACUCGCAAAUUUUCUUAACAGUUUGAAAAUUCUUAAAAAUGUUCUGUUAAAUGUUCUUAAAUUUUAUUUAAUUUACGUUUGACUCAAUGCUAUAAAUAAAUUUAGUUCAGUUAUUUUUUAUUUUUUAUACAUUUUUUCAGCUUUGAAAUUACAAAGCCUAAUGAAGGGGAAGCGACCGCCGUAACCGUAUGAGUUCGUGCGUGACUACCAUUCGGAAGUGCGUUGGUUCGAACCUCCGUAGAAAAAUACCAAAAAAUUAUGGAAAAAUUUGUUGUAAUAGCGGCCACCCCACGGCGGGCAAUACCAAACCUGCGAGUGUACUUGCGUCAUGAAAUAGUUCCACAUUAAAAACACCAUCUACGGUUCAAAGGUGGCGUGAAACGACAGGUUUUUCCUUUUUUCUUUGUUUUAUGUUUUCCACCUCAAUCUCUCAACUUAAUAUCGAAGAGUGAAAAAAUUAGUCUUGAAUAUUUUAUAAAAACUUUCGGAAUGCUUUAACCCUUUAACGGUUUCGCAAACUCUACAAUGGAGCGUACCAAAUGUAAAAUAUUUAUUGAGGUUUGUUAUUGAGCUGAAUUCAAAUCGGUGGUUGAAGUUGAAAAAUUUAAGAUGGCAGUUAGUUUUUUUUUUUUAUUUGUUUGUCUAAUUUUAGCCAACGAAUGUCAGAAUCGGACUCGGAUUUCAAAUUUGUUAAUUGUGAGCAUACAUUAGAAUUCAGCGUCUUUGAAGACUCUUAAGUGUACAUGGAUACAUUUUUAACUGAAAAUAUUGAAUUAAAAAAAAACUACUACCGUUUUGUAACAGGCCUUCUCAGGUUGUUAAUUUUAAUAGAAAUUCGUAAUAAGGAUUUUUAAAAACGAAGUCAUUACGAGUAUCAAAUGGAACUUGUUUUUGAAACUGUGUCAUUUUCUUGAGGUGUGUAAAAAAACUGACCAUUAAACAAAUUAUAAACAAAUAAAGUGAAUUAAUAUUUUCGAGUUUCUUAAAGCUUAUUAAAAAAUGUUUAUCCAGGCAGAAAGUAAUGCGUACUUAUUUGUUCAAGUUAUGAUAAUUUUUCUAGGUCGGAGACCGUUAAAGAGUUAAAGCUGCUUCACUGGCACUCAGUAAAUCACUUAACUCGAUUUAUUGUGGGAGCUUGCUAUUGAUUGUAUGUACAUACAUACAUACAUACAUGCAUGAACAUAGCACACAUAUUCCUCAAAGGAGAGACAACCAACAAAAGAAAAAUUUCAACAAAGAAGAACAGAAGUACUAUUCUGCUCUAUAGCGGAUUUGAAUAAUAUGAAGAGUAAAACUGCAAAAAAUUGAUUUUGGAAAAUUUUUAGUUGUGUCAUUCUGGAGGAUUUAAUAUUUGAUAAUCAAUUUGAAAGAGAAAGAAUUGGAUAUUUUGAAAAAUUGAUUUUAUGUCUACUGGUGACGUACUGAA